GAGUUUGGCUUUUUCCUCGGGCGCCUCCUGCGCUUUCGGUGGCGCUCGUCCUCCUGGGGUGAGGGCGGGCCGGCCGGAGGUGGCGUCUGGGCUGGCUGGACACAGGACAGGGUCUGACUUCCAUCAUUGGUGUUUUUUCUCGGGCUUCCCGAAGUCGGGCCUUACCUGGCCUGGCCGUCUCUUGGAGCCUUCCGGCAGGCCACGGCCCCGCGUUGCCCGCCCCCUUCCCCGAGAGCUGCAGAGGGGUCAGUGUUUAUUUGAGGGGAGGGGAUCCGGAGGGGUUGCGUGAGCCUCUCUCCCGGUUGCUGCUGCGCGGCCACGAUCCGCAGCCUUUCGCCUCCUAGAACAUCGCAUUUGUAUUGGAAGCGCUUCAGGGUUUCCAGUUGAAAUGAAGAAACGUACAUUUGUCCUAACAGUCUGAAUUGGUGAAUCAUAAUGCCAUCUAUGGGGAAACAGGAUCACCUGAUAUGGCAUUUCCACGCUUUAGCAUUGUGAGCAAGCUCUUUUUGAGGAAAAGAGUCUCACUUACCCUGAAACUGUUAUGUGUUAUUCUCUCUGUCCUUGUCUUCUGUGAAUUUUUAAUUUAUUACAUAGUUAUAAUUCAGUGUCACUGGCCACAAGUCAAAACUGAGACUCCAGAGGGCAGUGAACAGACUUCAGCCUCUGUCUUGAAGGUUGUGUUUUUAUCUGAUACUCACUUGCUUGGUGAAAUCCAAGGACAUUGGUUGGACAAGCUAAGGAGAGAAUGGCAAAUGGAAAGAGCCUUCCAAACUGCCCUAUGGCUGCUGCAACCGGAAGUUGUUUUUAUUUUAGGUGAUAUCUUUGAUGAAGGGAAAUGGAGUUCUUCUCAGGCCUGGUCAGAUGAUGUAAGACGCUUUCAGAACAUGUUUAGGCAUCCAGCCCACAUUGAGCUAAUUGUGAUUGUUGGCAACCAUGACAUCGGCUUUCAUUAUGAAAUGACUGCGUUCAAGUUAAAGCGCUUUUCACAAGUUUUCAACUUCACCUCAGAAAAGCUGGUAACUCGGAAAGGGAUAAAUUUUGUCCUGGUGAACAGUGUCGCAAUGGAGGGAGACGGAUGCAAAAUCUGCAGGACGGCAGAGGCAAAACUUGUGGAGCUCUCUCACAGACUGAACUGCUCAUUGCAGGAGCAAAGUCAGCAUCAAAAGAAGUGCAGCAAUGUGGACAAACUUCCACCUUCAUUUCCAAUACUAUUACAGCACUAUCCUCUUUACAGAAGAAGUGACUCUCAAUGUACAGGAGAAGAUGCUGCACCACUGGAUAAAAGGAAUGACCCUUUCAAAGAGAAGUAUGAUGUGCUUUCUGAGGAAGCUUCCCAAAAGUUAUUAUGGUGGUUCCAGCCUCGGCUAAUUCUGAGUGGUCACACCCACAGUGCCUGUGAAGUGUUGCAUCAUGGGAAAAUUCCAGAAAUCAGCGUUCCGUCGUUCAGUUGGAGGAACAGAAACAAUCCCAGUUUCAUCAUGGGCAGCAUGACAUCGACAGAUUUCUCCCUCUACAAAUGCUUUCUUCCAUUUGAGAACACAGUUGUUGCUGUCUACUGUGCAGCUGGAGCUAUGCUGGUCCUCCUUAUAACAGCUCACUUUCAAUCAUGCCUCAGCUUCCCUUUCUCAUUUGUUCAGCAUUUAAUCACUAAGCAUAAAGCAGUAUGAAGAGCUGGACAUUUGUAAUCGGUUACUGACACAUCAAAGCUAAAGAACAGUCCAUCAGACUACAUUCAUGCCAGCAAAUGCAUACUUGAGUUGCUAGCCCAAAAGGCAAGGUCGCCUUUACACACAGAAAGUCUUAUACAGUUGAUAUGACUUUUUUUUCUACAGGAUUAAAUUAACCGAAUGCUUCAUGCUGUACAAAAAUAUUGUAUUCUACAAUCAAAUGAGUUAUUUUUUUCUUGCUAAAGUUUUUUUGUAUCAAACAUGUAUAUUAAAAGUUUGUAACUGUACACUAUAAGUCUACAAGCCUCCUCUUGUGUCUGCACUAGUGUCCUAUGCUGCUAGAGGCUUAGUCUUUCUAACUGGAAACAAUUCUAAAGUGUUAUUGCUGCGUGACCAUCUAAUGUGGUACUUCUCUUCCUUGAUGUCAGCAAUACAAGAUGUAGAGUUACUUUACAGUAAGAUGUUGCAAACAAAAGGCUCUUGUUUGGGAGAAGUAACUUACUGGCCUCAGAUGAGUCACCUUGCUUAUGUUCAAUAUAAAGUAGUUUUAGAUGAUAUUUGUGUGUUGUCUACUUGACAAUCAUUCAAAACCCCUGGCUAGCUGGCUUGCAAACUAAUGGCAAACCAGGCAGAAAAGUGAGGACAAGCCUUUUGAGCUAUCUUGGUAGUUGUGUGUAGUCUGUGCACAUCCCAUUGACUUAUGUCAAGAGUUCUGCUUGGAUGUCUUCCUCAGAAUAGAAUGUUAGCAGCUGUUCUUCUACCCCAGCAUGGUUCAUAGAGAGUUUAAAAACAAUAAGAGCACCCUGUACUUCAGAUAGGAUUCUAAGGAAUUGCUCAUGGGGAGAACCUAAGGAUGUCCACCCUAAUUCUAAACAUUCUGAAGCAAAAGGAAGUCCCCACUGAGUCCAGUGGCAUUUUUAAGUAUUGCACUUAUGUGCAAAAGUUUAGCUACAACUUUCAGUCCUUAACUCAGUCUCGAGGCUGAGUUUUAAAGGUGUCCCAAGUGCUUAGGGUAUGGGUGAACCAAUGCAACAUCAUACAACCACUGCUGACAGUUACAUCCUUUGGAUGUAGUCCAAGUUUUUGAAUUUGGGAAGGGAGGAAAUGGCAUAUAAGCAGAGGUCCCCCCAUAACUGUUUUGAAUUACGUUCUCCUACUUUCAGCAGGCAACAGUUUUUUUUCCUGUAUCUUCAGGAGGAAGUAUAGAAAAAUGUUUAUUUCUGUAACAGUGACAACUCUGACCCUUCAAAAUAAGAAUUCCUCUCAAACAUUCUGGGAACAUGCUUGGUUAUCCUUACUGAAACACCACAGAAUAUGUCCAACUAGCAGUUUCAGAGUGGGACUAAAAUGUUGAGGAAUUUCAGAAAAUACAGUACCCAGAAAGAUUACUAAUUCCUCUUUAAAUCUGCAACCACAACAUGUCUGUCCAAUUUUCUGGGGGCGAGGGGGAGAGAAAAGGUUUAUGUAAAGAACAAACAUGCUGUUGUUAUAAAUAUCUGUUUAGGUUGUGUGGUUGAAAAUAUUUCCAGGAACAAUUUGUCUUUAAAUUUAAAGGAUGAAUAUAAUCUAAGUGAUUAAAUCAUCUACAAAGUUAUGUAGGCUAACGCUUCUAAAUUUGUUAUUGCAGCUAUAAUUUUAAAACUUUUGUACAGGUUAUCUUGGACACAGGGAAGUAUGUACUCAGACAUAACACCUAUGUAUAAAAUAUAAAGCAAUGUUAUAUUUAGAGGAGGACAUGCCUUAUUGCUACAGCAGUUCUUGCUUUUAUAUUGUACUGUACCACAACUUAUUAUGUGAAUGUCAUUUGCAUAAAUUAUUCAAGUUUGAGAAAUAUCCACACAUUGUGAUUUUACAAUAUUUAAAAUAAACCAUUUUCUAAGGUCUCUUUAUUAAGAGAAAUAAAAA